AUGGGAUGUACCUCCAGUGUUUCGCUGCCAGAAAGAAAGAUCAUCCUUCUUGGGAAAACAGAAGACGGCAAAAGCAGCGCUGGGAAUACAAUUCUUGGAGAAGAUGUGUUCACCACUAAAGCGUCGGCUUCAAAUGUUAUAGUUGAAUAUCAAAAAAGAGAGAGGAAGGUUCAUGGCAGAAAGAUCACAGUUAUUGACACACCAGGAGCCUUUGACACGGAUCAUAAUGAUGAGGAGACAAAAUCUGAGAUCCUCAAAGCUCUGAUUGAUUGCGCUCCUGAGGUCGAUGCUUUUGUCGUGGUCCUAAAGGUCGGAAGAUACACAGAACAUGAAAACGAGGUGGUACAGAAAAUCCUGAACACCUUCAAAGAUGAGCACGUCUUGAAACACACAGUGAUCUUAUUCACUUUUGGUGAGCAGCUAGAAGGCAAGACCACUGAAGAGUUUAUGAAGGACUGUUCACAGCUUCAGGAGCUGGUUGAUAAAUGUGGAGGUCGCUGUCACGUCAUCGACAACAAAUACUGGAAUAAACGUAAACGGGGCAACAAGAGCAACAAGGUACAGGUGAAAAAUCUGCUGGAGACCAUUGACAAGAUUGUGGAAGAAAAUGGCCGCUUCACCAGUGAGGUGCUUCUAGAAGUGGAGAAACACAUUCAAGAGGAGGUGAAGAAUAUAACCGAAGAAAAUGUGCCUCCAGAAGAGCAACGAGAAAAAGCAAAGAAAAUUGUUCAUUGCAAUUAUCUGAGGCAGUUUGCAGGAGCAGCAACAGAGGCUGUGCUUGGUGCUCUUAUCGGAAUCGGUGUUGUAGUAGCUCCAGUUCUGUAUAUUUUAAAAUCAUAUUUAACUCUAAAAACAGCAUUUGCAGAGGCGGGUGUAGGAGCAGCGGUGGCAGAAGGAGCAGUAGCAGGUGCAGGUACACUAGCUGCAACUGUGCUUGGAGCUGCCGCUUUUGUAGGAGGUGUGGCUGGAGGAAUUUCUGGUUGGAAAGCAGCAGCAGAAGCUGAAUCUGUGUCUGAUGCCAUAGCAAAGGCAGCAAUGGACACCUGGGAGAAUGGAACAUUUCUGAUAGAGAAAGCAGAAGAAAUGGUUGGUCUUAAUAGCAAAAUGGCAAAUUUAUAA